UUGUUUACGGAGGUCGUCUGCUAUAUCACUAAGUUUUACCUGCUUAAAUAUUAUGCUGUAAAUCGUGUGUUUAUGUGACUUUAAAAAGGAACGGAACCACGAUGCCGGGGACUGAAGACAGUACGACGGAUCUUGGGGAAGUGGAGAAUGUCAGAGUCGUAGUACGUGUUCGACCUUUAAAUGGAAAGGAAUUGGACGGGCACUGUAAAAACAUAGUAUGCGUGGACACUAUUAACAGCGAAAUAACUGUUGAAAAUCCUAAUGCCGCACAAGGAGAACCACCAAAGGUUUUCUCAUUCGAUGCUGUAUUCGACACUGACUCGACCCAAGUUGAUAUUUAUAAUGAAACCGCGAGACCGAUCGUCGACAAAGUUCUUCAAGGAUACAAUGGAACAAUAUUCGCGUAUGGACAAACAGGCACUGGUAAAACGUAUACCAUGUCUGGUGCAAAAACAUUCCCACAACUCAGGGGCAUUAUUCCUAAUACUUUUGCACACAUUUUUGGACACAUAGCUAAAGCUCAUGACAACCAAAAAUUCCUUGUACGUGCAACAUACUUAGAGAUUUAUAACGAGGAAGUUAGAGACUUGUUAGGGAAAGAUCAGAACACAAGACUGGAAGUGAAGGAGAGACCAGACAUUGGAGUAUUCGUAAAAGAUCUCAGUGGCUACGUCGUAAAUAACGCCGAUGAUCUAGAUCGAAUAAUGUCUCUUGGCAACAAAAACCGCGUUGUUGGAGCUACGGCGAUGAACGUAUCGAGUUCAAGAUCCCACGCAAUAUUCACGAUUACCGUUGAAUCUAGUCAACUCGGAGACGAUGGUGAACAACAUGUUAAAAUGGGCAAACUUCAUUUAGUCGAUUUAGCUGGAUCGGAGAGACAAAGCAAAACCAAAACGUCCGGAGUCCGUUUAAGGGAAGCGACAAAAAUUAAUUUGUCACUUUCAACGCUAGGUAAUGUAAUAUCCGCAUUGGUUGAUGGCCAGAGUUCACAUGUGCCUUACAGGAAUUCAAAACUGACGAGAUUACUCCAAGAUUCUCUUGGUGGUAACUCGAAAACGUUGAUGUGUGCAAAUAUAAGCCCAGCUGAUAUAAAUUACGAUGAAACCAUCAGCACUCUUCGUUAUGCGAACCGCGCAAAGAACAUUAAGAACAGAGCGAGAAUUAACGAAGAUCCGAAAGACGCUCUGCUUCGUCAAUUUCAAGUCGAGAUUGAACAGUUACGGAAACAGCUGGAAGAGAACGGCACUGAAAUUUCCGAAUCUGACGACGAGUCCGAAGAUUCCGAAGACACAGGGGAAACCAAACACGAGAAAAAAGUUCGACGUAGGAGAAGUCAAAUAUUAACGAUGGAAGAAUUGGAAGAUAGGGACGCAGAUUCUAACGAAAAGAUCGACAAAGCCGAGAGGGAAGACAAAAGUCCUGAUGACAAGGAUGUCAUAGAAUUAAAAAGAACUCAGAGCGAGAAAGAAGCGUUACGAGCACAAAUGCAAAAUCUCCAAAACAAGAUUCUAGUUGGAGGUGAAAAUUUGUUAGAAAAAGCGGAGGCCCAAGAACAAUUGUUAGCUGCGGCAGCGAUCGAACUCGAUCAACGGAAGAGUAGAGAAGAACAGUUAAAAAAAGCAAUAGAAGCGAAGGAAGCUGAACGUAUCGACAUAGAAGAGAAAUAUUCCUCCUUGCAAGAAGAAGCUGCGGGAAAAACGAAGAAAUUAGCUCGAGUACAUACAAUGUUAAUGUCUGUCAAAGCAGAAUUGUCCGAUUUGCAGCAAGAGCAUCAGAGAGAAAUGGAAGGACUCUUGGAAGGAGUCAGAGGUAUUGGAAGAGAAUUGCAGCUUCAAGAACUAAUAGUAAACAGUUACAUCCCUGUUCAGUAUCAGACGAUGAUCGAAAGAUACGUCCAUUGGAACGAGGAUAUCGGAGAAUGGCAGCUGAAAUGUGUAGCGUACACAGGAAAUAACAUGCGCAAAGCGCAAGCAACUCCGCCGGUGGGAACGAACAAAGAUCAAAUACAACCUGACUUGUCGAAUAUAUAUCUGUCUUACAAUAACGGAAUCGACAAUAGUUUUGUGCAACUGAAAAAAGUACGAGGUCGAUCUGGCGUUCCGAGGCCAACUACAGCGCAUAGACGUACUCCACACUAGAAACUACCUUUAAAUUACAUUAAAUGAUAGUCAUUAUUUUUCAAGAGGUACCUUUUUUCUAACAGAUCAUUUUAAUUUAUGUUUGCUUCUACAUUGUAUACAACAGAGAAUCAGUAUUUUCUCUAACUAUAUUUAUUUUUAUAUUUUAAGUUGAAUACUUUUUAGUACAUUUUGAAUAUUGCAUGGAAGCAAAGAAUACACAUACGAUAUAAUAGGAAAAUAUUAUUCAGUUAAAAUUUUCAUAAUUAUAAGGUGCAACCAAGUUACUUAAUUUAUCUAACAAAAAUUUAUUUUUUAAAACCCAAAGUUACUUCCCAUUCGGUUAAUUGUUACGCGUUCGAGACUUAAACGAAGUAGCAUGAUUAUAGUAAGAUCGUCUUACAUUUCGUUUCCCAUGUCUAUAAAAUAAUUAGGUGACGCGAACUUGAAUUAAUAAUGAAUAUAAACUUUCAUAGAAGUUACAUUUUCAUAUUUAAUAGCAUGCAAUAUAAGUUAACUAUGGAAUAAAGAAUAAUUGGUAUAAGGAUUCUAGAGAACAAUAUGUGCUGUACCUGUGUGAUAAGAGAAAAAGAGAAACGAGACGUUUCACUCGAUCAUAGGAAUAUGAAAAUUAUAAAUAUAAUUGAAAGGGAUGAAAAUGCAAUCUUUUAGUACUACUUGCUUUUUUUAUAUUGCUAUUUAUGUGUAUUUUAAUAAAGACUAGAUUUUGUAGCACGACGAUAAAUAGGCAGUAUUUCUAUAGCAUUAUUUUGUCGAUAAAUAUUUUGCAAUCAUUAUUUAAUUUAAAGGACAAAAUUUAAGAUUUAAAUACUAAUAUAGCUU